GGAGGGGAGAAGGAGAGAAAGAGAGAGAGAAGUGAAUCAGGAAGUAUGAUAGAGCUAAGUGUCUGGGGCCGGGUAUCCCACUGCUACCAGAGAGGCAAGAAAGAAAUCUUCAGGCUCAAGACCAUCACCUGCUUUGCCUGUGGAUCCUGGGGGCCCAUAGCUACCAGGAUCUUCUAGGCACUGCCCAGGAUUGACUUCAAGGCCUAAAUCCCUGGGGGUCCCACCCAGUCCCACAAGUCUGCAUUCCUCUGCAGCUGAGAUGGGAGAUGGGCUCUGCUCCUGGACUUGCCCCAGACAGAAAGCAUAACACACACUUACAAGGGAGAGUCUUUGCCUGAUUCUGGGCCACUUGGAAUGCAGGUGGAAGGUAGCUGAGCCCAGGAGAUGCAGAGUACCACUAACUACCUGUGGCAUACUGAUGACCUGCUAGGGCAGGGGGCCACUGCCAGUGUGUACAAGGCCCGAAACAAGAAAUCUGGGGAGGUGGUUGCUGUAAAGGUCUUCAACUCAGCCAGCUACCGGCGGCCCCCUGAGGUACAAGUGAGGGAGUUUGAGGUCCUGCGGAGGCUGAGUCACCAGAACAUCGUGAAGCUCUUCGCAGUAGAGGAAACGGGAGGCAGCCGGCAGAAGGUGCUAGUGAUGGAGUACUGCUCCAGUGGGAGUCUGCUGAGCGUGCUGGAAGACCCUGAGAAUACAUUCGGGCUUCCCGAGGAGGAGUUCCUGGUGGUACUGCGCUGUGUGGUGGCUGGCAUGAACCACCUUCGGGAGAAUGGCAUUGUCCACCGUGACAUCAAGCCUGGGAACAUCAUGCGCCUGGUGGGCGAGGAGGGGCAGAGCAUCUAUAAGCUGUCUGACUUCGGGGCUGCCCGGAAGCUGGACGAUGACGAGAAGUUUGUUUCUGUCUAUGGUACUGAGGAGUACCUGCACCCUGACAUGUAUGAGCGGGCGGUGCUUCGCAAACCCCAGCAAAAGGCGUUCGGGGUGACUGUGGAUCUCUGGAGUAUUGGGGUGACCCUGUACCAUGCAGCCACUGGUAGUCUGCCCUUCAUCCCCUUUGGUGGGCCCCGGCGAAACAAGGAGAUCAUGUAUAGAAUCACCACAGAGAAGCCAGCUGGGGCCAUUUCAGGGACUCAGAGGCAGGAAGAUGGUCCCCUGGAGUGGAGCUACUGCCUCCCCAUCACCUGCAGACUGUCCAUGGGGCUGCAGAGCCAACUGGUGCCUAUCCUGGCCAACAUCCUGGAAGUCGAACAGGCUAAGUGCUGGGGCUUCGAUCAGUUCUUUGCGGAGACCAGUGACAUCCUGCAGCGAACUGUCAUCCACGUCUUCUCCCUGCCCCAGGCGGUUUUGCAUCAUGUCUACAUCCACGCCCACAACACGAUUGCCAUCUUUUUGGAGGCUGUGUAUGAGCAGACCAACGUGGCCCCCAAACACCAGGAGUAUCUCUUCGAGGGUCACCCUUGUGUCCUCGAGCCAAGCCUCUCGGCUCAGCACAUAGCCCACACAUCUGCCAGCAGCCCUCUGACUCUGUUCAGCAUGGCCAGCGACACACCCAAGGGGCUGGCCUUCAGGGACCCUGCUCUGGAUGUCCCAAAGUUCGUCCCUAAGGUUGACCUACAGGCCGAUUACAGCACAGCUAAGGGGGUUCUGGGCGCUGGUUACCAGGCCCUGUGGCUGGCACGGGUUCUGCUGGAUGGACAGGCAUUAAUGCUUCGAGGGUUACACUGGGUCCUGGAGGUGCUUCAGAACACGUGCCAGCAAACACUGGAGGUCACACAGACAACCCUCCUCUUCCUCAGAAGCAGCCUGGGCACUGAAAGGUUCAGCAGUGGAGCUGGGAUGCCUGACAUUCAGGAACUAAAGGAAGCCACAGAGCUGAGGUCCAGGCUGCAGACUAUCUCAGAGGUCCUGUCUAAAUGUUCUCACAACAUCACAGAAACCCAAAGGAGCCUGAGCUGUCUGGGAAGAGAGCUUUUGAAGAACCAGGAUCAGAUCCAUGAGGAUAACAGAAGUAUCCAGAAGAUUCAGUGUUGUUUGGACAAGAUGCACUUCAUCUACAAACAGUUCAAGAAAUCCAGGAUGAGGCCAGGCCUCAGCUACAAUGAGGAGCAGAUCCACAAGCUGGAUAAGGUAAAUUUUAGUCAUCUAGCCAAGAGGCUGCUGCAGGUGUUCCAGGAGGAGUGUGUGCAGACGUAUCAGGUGUCGCUGGUCACACACGGCAAGCGGAUGAGGCAGGUGCAGAAGGCCCAGAACCACCUGCACCUCGUUGACCACUCUGUGGCUACCUGUAACUCAGAAGCCCGGGGAGCGCAGGAAAGCCUGAGCAAGAUCUUUGAUCAGCUCCUUCUGGACAGAGCUUCUGAACACAGAGCUGAGGUAUCACUACAGCCUGUGUCUCCUCGUCCCAGCCCUGAUCCGAAGGGCCUGGUCUUCCACAUGCAGGAGCUUUGUAAUGAUAUGAAGCUAUUGGCCUUUGAUCUCCAGGACAACAACCGACUCAUCGAACGGUUACAUAGAGUGCCGUCAGCACCAGAUGUCUGAGCUCCGGGGGUACACAAGGCGCUCAGAAGCAAUAGAAUCAUGCACACUGUACCCCUGCACUGUGAGAUCAAAUUCAGGGCAAGUUCUGGUCCCAUCUUACUAGCCUACCUCCCUCUUGGCCAUUGGCCAACAAACUAGCAUUACUUUGACUACCCAUCCUCUUGGGAAGCAGCUAGGGCAGAGACGUCAGGACAUCUGGGGCAGUACCACAGGAGAGACCAUGCGGCUACCACUGCCUUACUGAGACGCCAAGACUGUUCUUCCUCACCCUGGCCCGGAGGUCUGAACUCCAGUGAGUCUUGGGAAGAAAAGGCUCAGCCUUUUCACACUGCACUUCCCAGGACCAGCAGGCUUCUCCUGUGACUUCUCCUGCUUCUCCAGGAUGCUGGAUCAGAGGGCUUAUUCUUUGUUGUUUCCCAUGCUGUUUCCUGAGUCCCAUCCCUGGCCACAGGCAACCCACAAAUGGCCCCUCUGUGCUUGGUCUGGAUACACCUGCAUUUGAGAAAGUGGGUAGUUGAAGCCAACUGCUGGUGCUUUGGGGAAUCCCCCUUUGCCUUUUCUCUGAGGAACCCUUGGUUCUGAAAAACAGCUGGUCAGUAUCAACCAACUGGACAGAUGUUGGAACGAAGAGUCCUAAGGAGAGAGCAGGCCUGCACCUUCAGACAUGGAAUAAAUGCACUGUUUUCUGUUUUCCUGCA